AUGAAACUCGAUGAAGAAUCGAAUGCCAUGUUAGGAGGUGAAAUAUUUAAGGCUCCCAAUUUCACAACACUAGGUCUCGAAAAGAUGAUGAGAAAUAUAUUUGGCCUGCAGCAACAAUUAUCGAAUUUUCAUUUGGUGAACGAACGACGAUUUGAAAUUAUUAGAGAUUACUUUAAUUUAUUGCAAGUGCCAUCUGAACAAAUUCUUGCCACGAUUCAAAACACUCCUCUCAGACAAUUGCCAUUCACACAGGAACAAUAUGAAGCAAUUCUCCAAACACCAUAUGGAAAUAUUAAGAGAGAGGUACAAGAUGUGAUAUUGCUAAGACAAUUGUUUGAUAAAAAGCUGAAAAAGGAAAAGAAACAGCAAUCAACACAAAAAUAA